AGAAUAAUCAAGCAAAAUAAGCGAGAUCCUGGCAAACCAGCAGACACGUGGAAGCUCCCCUAAAGUACUGAUUAACUUCCCUUGUCCUCAGUUUGACUCUGCACCCUUUACCUUCCCUAUUAGCGGUGUUGCAAGUUGGGAUUUUCCAAUCGUCAUGCUGCAAGCUGAGAGUCAGUAGUGGAAGCCUAAAGGAGGGCAAUGGAUUUCCCUGGUAGAACACAAGCUGCUCUAUGCUCUUUAGCUAAAAAUCAGGUCUGAUAGCUGGGCCCACAGGUGAGUCUCUUUUGUGAGACCUUUACACAUAUUAAGUACACCAUGUUGUAUCUGAUUCUACUUGAUAUCUAUAAUGCUGAAGAGUUUUUCAGCUGCAUAACAGAAGUUUCGUGGCCAUUUUCUAGUCUGUGAAAAAAAAUGCAUCGCUCCUUGGAAGUAAGAUGCUGGACUUCAAAUGCACAGAUCUCUGCUUCAGAUGCCAGAAUACUCUCUCUAAAUGUCUCAUCUUAGUGCCAUACUGUAGGCUGUAAGGAUAAUCCCUUCCUGGUAGCCCAAAAGACUUUGUUGAUCUCAUUUUAGCCAGUAACUGAACAUCCUCCUGUUCUGUUUUCAGAGAAAUUCUCUGAACAUCUGUGUAUCCAACCAUAAUCUAAUGUGUUGAGGCUCUUUUCUUUGUUAUUGUACUGUGUGAAUUCUUUUCACCAAACUUGCCUUCCUUUACCCUGACCAGGACAUAACAAUGAUCAAGAGAAAUGUUCUAAGAAAACUAAUUAGGAUAUUAAGGAGCUAGUUCUUCACUGGGCACUGAAGAACUCAAAUGAAUCUGCGAUUCUGUGAGUCAACACAGUGAAGGCUCACUAUAUUUGGCAUUACAAGAAACUGGAAAAAAAAAAAAAAGCAACAACAACACUCACCCAUAACUGAGCACAGAUCUGAGGAGUAAAACAUUAACUGGAAUAUAACCAGAAAGCAGCACAGCUCAGCAAAUACAUCCAUUCACAUCCUAUAAAAGCAUAUUCAAGCUAGAGGCUGCAGUAGGAGACAGUUUCACAGUCAGUACUCUGUCCACAGGAAAAUGAUGUUGCGGCUUUGCUAUCCUCUUGCUGCCUGGAUUUUUAUCCUCCUCAUUCCUGGCCUCUCUGAAGGAGGGAAACUCCUGGUGGUGCCCAUGAUUGGAAGCCACUGGCUAAGCAUGAAGGAAGUAGCUCACAAGCUUGCUGAGAGAGGACAUGAAGUGGUGGUGCUUAAACCAGAAGUAAGCUGGAAUACGGGAGACAAACAUGGACAUGCAUACACUGUGAAAACAUACCCAGUGUCCACCAAGUUAGAAGAUCUGGAUAAUACCUUUAAAAUGUACCUUGCUACUCACCUGAAGAGUAUGCCUUUCCCAAAAAAUGUUAUAGCACUCUUCAAUGACUUCACACACCUUUUCGAAUCCUUUUAUAGUCAGUGCAAGGAACUGUUCAGCAGCACGGAAACACUGCAGUACUUGAAUCAAAGUGGCUUCGAUGCAGUCCUCACAGAUCCUUUUUUUAUGUGUGGAGCAACAGUUGCUAAUUAUCUUUCACUUCCAUUUGUUUUCUUUAUGAGAGGAUUACCUUGCAAUCUACACUUUGAAGCAGCACAGUGCCCAAGCCCUAUGUCAUUUGUCCCCAGAACACUCUCAUUCAAUUCAGACCACAUGACAUUUUUCCAGAGAGUGGAAAAUACACUGAUUUCUCUCCUGGAGCUCUUUUACUGUAAUGCCAUCUAUCAAGAUGCAAUAAAGUUUUCCUCUGAACUUCUUCAAAGAGAUGUAACCCUGCUGGACCUCCUGAACUCUGCUUCUAUUUCAAUAAUGAGGUUUGACUUUGUGUUUGAGUAUCCCAGACCGGUGAUGCCCAAUAUGGUCUUUGUUGGAGGUAUGAACUGUGCUGAGAUGAAACCACUGCCUAAGGUAUGUUCAUUUUCUCACAUUACACAUUUUCCAAAGCAAUGUAAUUUCAUGGCUUAUGGAUGUUUAGUGCUCUUGGUAAUCUUUUUCUUUCUGAAAUACUUCAAUAGAUCUGAUUCUUGGCAUUUUUUCUCCAUGGUCUGAAAUGGAGGCAGGUGACUGUUAUUUGAAUUAAUAUUUUCAGAGAAAUCCAAGAAAAGUUUGACUUCAUCUGCUGUAUGGUGUCCUUGGUGAAUACAUAUUGU